AUGGCAUUUUCAAGGUUAGUCCAAUCAUCACAAUACAGUAGAUACUUUAAUUUUUUUUAUGUCCUAACUGCUCUGUUUUACUGGGUUUCUCAGAUGUUGGCCUCUGUCAUGGCUUGCCUUUUGUUGAUGGUCACUACUGUUUCACAGCAUGUCCCAACUUAUACGAUUGCAAAUGAAAUGAUUGGAUUCGGAGCAUCCAUGCUGGAAGGCGUGCUUGCAUUCGCAUUGGUAUACACCGUUUAUGCUGCUGAUGACCCUAGAACUUGUCCAUUUGGCACCGAUGGACCCUUGGCAAUAGGAUUGAUGGCAGGAGCCAUGGCCUUGGCCGCUGGUCCAUUCGCUGGAGGUUCAAUGAACCCUGCAUUGGCCUUUUUGUCUGCUGUCAUUGCUGGUCGUUUCAAGAACCAAGUAGUUUACUGGGUUGGACCCGUCAUUGGAGCUGCAGUUGCUGGGCUUCCAUAUGACAUUGUCGUGUUCCCCGGUGAAGCAUCAGUUUCUGGAACUGCGGCUUAA